AGUCUUUUGUCGUCAAACUGCAGUCGCUACUUCCGGUGUAGCAUCCAUGGUUACACAGCAGGUUUGAGUCUUAAUUCAUGAAUUAAUCUUAUAAAUCCACUAAAAUGGCGACGUUUUUCGGCGAAGUUUUGUCGGUGUACUCGAGAGCUGUUGAAGAGGAUGAGGAAGAUGAUAUGACGAAUGAAAACGAGGAAGAUGAACAGAUCCGACGGGAAAUAGAGGAAAAGAGGUCAGUGGAUGUCCGGUGGCUCUCGCAGACGGACGGCGGGUCUCUGCCGUGUUCGGAUCUGAUCAUCGCUGUGGGUCCAAACGCCACCGGCUUCAUCUCUGCGUAUGUGUUGAGCUCCGGAGGCUGGCCGGCCGUCGGCUGGGUUUCCCUGUGGAACGAGCGGAGCCGCGGAUCCAGCCGGACAGACACGGCUCCGGCCCCUGGAGAGCCGUCCUGCGUCCUGUACCGGCAGAAGCAGGUGCUGAUAUGCCAGUGCUCCUGUUACGUCGCUGAAGAUCAGCUGUUCCAGUGGACAGAGAAGGUGUUCGGCUGCGUUCAGGCGAGAGGUCUGAGCGUGACCGUUCUCUCCGACUGCUCUGCGGCCGAAUAUAAAACAUCAGACUACCUGAGUGGGAGCAGCACACCCUUCCUGCGCUGCCUGAAGACCAGCGUUCACACGGGUCCCGUCGCCUGUCCGCCGCUGGAGCCGCCCAACAUCAGCUGUGGACUGGCGGCAGCAGUGCUGAGCCACUGUCAGGUGCAGCAGAUCCCGGCCGUCCUCUAUCAGUGCUUCAGUGACGUCCUUCAGCCGGACUCUCUCACCAUGCAGGCGUAUGGAGCGGCGGUCAGCGCGAUUCUGAAGCUGAAUCAGAGUCCCGGAGCAGAAGUUCUGCAGAAGUUCACACGCGUCAGUGAGGUUCAGAGUAACCUCUACACAUGAGCUCUUCAUCUGGAACACAAUAAAGAUGUGAUGUUUUUA